AUGAAUAACCCAUUAGAAUCACGGGGAGGAGCGGUACUCCAUGCGACGGAGUCCCUUUCAAGUACCGUGGAUAAACAGAGCGACAACAACAAUAACUCCAUCACUGAGGAAAGUUUAUUGCCGAACGCGGUGUUGCAGACGGCCUCACUGGACGAUAGUACUCCCAAACCGGAUGCUCAGGAGACAACUCACAGCAGUAAAUGUUAUGCUGUGAGGUACUGGGUUUGUAUGAUAUUCUGUUGUCGACCUCCACAUGAGAUGACUGAUGAUGAGAGGGAGGAAUGGGAGAAGAGGAGUUUCUGGGAUAAAUACAAGCCUGCAUUCUUCUGUUUUAUUCGUUACUUUAUUAUGUUAAUUAUUGGUAUUCUUGUUGGUAUUGGUAUAUUCUUCCUUGUACUCUACUGUAUGGGUAUUAUUGGUGGAUCGAGUAAUAAUGAUACUUCUAAUAAUACUAUAGAUCUUGGUGAACUACAAUACCCGACUGUUGUAUCUGGUUAUACUAACAUCAGCAUUACUAUUAGUCCUAUUGCGGCAGCAUCACCUUAUGAUCCGAAAGAUUACCUUAUCGAAACUCAAGUGGCCACUGGUGGUAGUGGAGGUGGAAGACGCCUCCGUUCUGAUGGUCCAUGGACUGUAUCAUUGGAGGUUCCUUAUGAUAAGGAUCAUCCCACUACUGCUACUCUAACUGGAUUGACUGCUGGUGAACAGUUGCUUAUCCGUUAUAAGAUCGAGAUGGAGGAUGGUCGUGUUAGUAGCCCAUCAGUUGCCGUAAUGGAAGGCACGAAGGACCCGACUGCUCCGAGUGCUCCUGGUUUAAUGGCAUUCAAUACAACUGAUAGAAGCGUAUCAGUUAGUAUUAUACCCCCCAUUACCACCAAUGGUGCCGAUAUAACUGCUUAUGUUAUACAGCAUGCUUUGGCGAGUAGUAGUAGUAAUGAUACUACACCUGAUAGUAGCUUGACUAAGGCUGAAAUAUCAAAGGAUGAUGCUUCUAAGCCUUACACCGUUGAUGACCUCAACUCGGGUGACUAUGUAAUUUUCAAGAUCUCUGCCGAGAACAAUGUCGGAGUGAGUCCUUCUAGCAAAUCCUAUAGUAUGACUACAGACGAAGCUGAUGCUUCGUCACCCGAUCAGGUCACCGACUUAGUGGACAACGGUAGCACCUCCAACUCUGUCUCGUUGAACUGGACAGCCCCUGCUAAUAACGGUGCUAUGAUAUUGAGGUAUAUCAUCAGUGAGGGUGAUAAUACCUAUACAGUUGAUGGUCAUGAUACAUCAUACACUGUAACGGGGCUUAGUCGUGGUAGCGAUUAUACAUUCUAUAUUGUGGCUAAGAACUCUCAAGGUGAUAGUCCAAAAUCAGAUGGAGUAUCAACUGCGACAACUGAGAGUUGUGAUGCCGAUCCUCCGAGUAAUGUUAUGUUACAGACGCCUUUCUCUGAUGGUGUAAGUGUAAGUUGGAGUAAAGCCAAUAAUAAUCCUCAAUGUGAUCUACCAGUAACUGCUUAUCGUGUUAUUGAUGAUGAUGGUAAUGAACUAUGCCAAGUAGCAGCUACUAAUGAUGAUGAUGGUGCUCUAUGGUGUGAUGUUACCGGCCUACAGCCCAGUACUUCCUAUAAUAUCAGAGUACAAGCUAAGAACUCUGCUGCUGGAUGGUCUACUAAAUCCUCAUCACCUGUUAAGAUGUCUACUAUUGCUAGUGGUGAGUGCAAUACUAGGGAUCAGAUUAGAUGGUGGGUGACUACCACUAACCCUAGCUACAAUGGGCAGACGUUCACUGAGCAGCUUGAGAGCUGCAGCGUAAAGAGCUUUGGUAAACCCGAUAAAGUGUCUAGCUGCCUUGUAGAUUAUACGGAGGAUCCCUCCAAGACUCCUUUCAAUCUAUGCCCGAUCACUAGCGAUUGUGGUAUGUGCUUUGGUGUGAACGCUCAGUGUUCUAUGUCGCAUUGCAGUUUCCCAUGUGGUAUGGGUACUGCCGCUAACUCAGCUGCGUGCCUUGAGUGCAAUGACCAAUAUUGCAAACCUGACUUCUACACUUGUAGUGGUUUGUAUCCGUCCGUAGGACCUCCUGAACCUCAGUAA